CAUUAUUAAAGGAGGGGUGGACGCUGUUGAUCCUUGACGUCAUGCUGUGGAAUGGAACGGUGGGAGUGACUUUAGUGCUCGUGCUGCAGCAGCAGGCGGAGAUAGAGACAGAAUGACGGCAGGCGGAUGAGAGGAGCACAGACCCCGUCUGGCGGGCAUGUUUAUCACACAGGGAAAAUACAAACACGAAACACACAGAGACACAAAGGACCAGUGGGGAUUAAACAAAUAAUGACGGGAGACAGUGACUUAAAAUACACGUAAUCGGUGUUCCCUCCAUCAUGUCUGCCGGUGAAACGAUGGAUUAAAGAGUAGAGCCGUUGUGUGUGAUGUCAGACACAAGCAUGCCUCAGAAAGGGCAUCUAACAACCCCACUGUGAUCAGAUAGAAAUGACAGUGUGAAGGCUGGCGUCCACUAAGGUGACCGUAGCGGCCUGGGCAGCCCGCCCACAUGAUCACAUGACUCUGGACAUGGACGCCGUCCUGUCGGACUUCGUCAGGUCCACUGGGGCGGAGCCCGGGCUGGCCAGAGAUCUGCUGGAAGGUAAGAACUGGGACCUGAGCGCUGCUCUCAGUGACUAUGAGCAGCUAAGACAAGUACACACUGUCAACCUGCCCACUGUCUUCAACGAGGGCCGUUACUACCGGCAACCGGACCACGACACCCCCCAGCACCUCAGCAAGGUGGAGCGGUCCGGUGUCCAGAGACAGGAGGACAACAUGCAAGAGAAGCGCCUGUCUCGGGGCAUCUCCCAUGCCAGCUCUGCCAUCGUGUCGUUGGCACGGUUCCACGUGGCCAGUGAGUGUAUCAGUGAGCAGUUCCCUCUGGAGAUGCCCAUCUACACCUUCCAGCUGCCUGACCUCAGCGUCUACAGUGAAGACUUCAGGACCUUUAUAGAGAAGGACCUCAUCGAACAGUCUACCAUGAUGGCCCUGGAACAGGCUGGUCGUCUGAACUGGUGGGCCACUAUUUGUACCAGUUGUAAGCGUCUUCUUCCUUUGGCCACCACGGGGGACGGCAACUGUCUGCUACAUGCUGCUUCUUUAGGGAUGUGGGGCUUCCACGACAGAGACCUGGUGUUGAGGAAGUCUCUGUAUGGCAUGAUGAAGAGUGGAGCGGAGAGAGAGGCUCUGAAGAGGAGGUGGCGGUGGCAGCAGACACAACAGAACAAAGAGUCAGGGCUGGUGUACACGGAGGAGGAAUGGGAGAGAGAAUGGAACGAGCUGCUGAAACUAGCUUCUAGUGAACCACGUACACACAGCAGCAAGAACAACAACAAUACUGUAGGGAUGGAUAACUCAGAGGACCCUGUGUAUGAGAGUCUGGAGGAGUUUCAUGUGUUUGUCCUGGCUCACGUGCUGCGUCGACCAAUCAUAGUGGUGGCUGACACCAUGCUACGGGACUCAGGGGGAGAGGCAUUUGCCCCCAUCCCGUUUGGAGGGCUGUACCUGCCCCUGGAGGUGCCUCCUAACCUGUGCCACUGCUCCCCCCUGGUCCUAGCUUACGACCAGGCACACUUCUCUGCCCUGGUGUCCAUGGAGCAGAAGGACCAGCACCAAGAACAAGCUGUGAUCCCGCUGACCGACUCAGAACACAAGCUGCUAUCUCUCCACUUCGCUACGGACCCUGGGAAGGACUGGGAGUGGAGCCGAGACCACAACGACAACAUCAAGCUAGCCAAUUUAAUCCUGUCUCUGGAAGCCAAACUGAACCUGCUGCAUAACUACAUGAACGUAACAUGGAUCAGGAUACCAACUGAGACCAGGGCUCCCCUGGCCCAGCCGGAGUCUCCCACGGCGUCCCACGGGGGCGACGACGUCCAGUCUCUAGCCGACUCCAUGGACUCCGACCGCGACUCCGUCUGCAGCAACUCCAACGUCAACAACGGCAAGGUCUCCGCGAAGGACAAGGAUCCCAAGGAGAAGACGGAGAGGCAGCAACAGGGUAAAGACAAGGACAAGACCAGGACGGACUCUGUGGCCAACAAGCUAGGCAGCUUCAGUAAAACCCUGGGUAUCAAGCUGAAGAAGAACAUGGGAGGUCUGGGAGGGCUGGUCCACGGAAAGAUCAACCGCUCCAACUCUGGAGGCAACGGCCGGAACAACGGAGGAGGAGGGGGGGGCGGCAACGGAGGAGGGGGGGGCGGCAACGGAGGAGGGACAGAGAAUAACGUAGACAAGAAGAAGGAGAAAAAGGAAGGAAAAGCCCGGAAGGAUGGAGGAGGAGGAGAGAAGGAGGGCCAGUCUGCGAGUACGUCGUUCUCCUCGGACAAGACCACCAGCCCGUCUCCCACCGAGCGUCCCCCAGGCGUGCCCUCUCCUCCUGGGGAACGGGACAGGGACAGGGGGGGUCUCCUGGCCAGGCUGGUGGGGGAUAAGGCCCUGUCGGAGCACUGGAAGUACAGCACAGACGUCAAGCUGAGCCUCAACAUACUGAGAGCCGCCAUGCAGGGCGAGAGGAAGUUCAUCUUCGCCGGCCUUCUCCUCACCUCCCAUCGCCACCAGUUCCACGAGGAGAUGAUCUCCUUCUACCUGACCUCCGCUCAGGAGCGCUUCUCUGCCGAGCAGGAGACCAGGAGGAAGGAAGGAGAGAAGAAACCUGCAGCAAACUCUACGACCACGACUACUACGACCAACGGGCCCUCCAACGCCCUGAAGAAACCAGAGCAGGAGAGCGCCCCUCACCGGGAGAGAGAGAGGGAGAAGGAAAGAGAGAGAGAAAAGGAGAGGGAGAGAGAGAGGGAGAGAGAGAGAGAAAGGGAGAGAGAGAGGGAGAGAGAGAGGGAGAGAGAGAGAGAAAGGGAGAGAGAGAGGGAGCGAGACACCCGCACCCCUCCUCCUCCUCCCUCCUGCCCUCCUCCUCCUCCUACUCCCCUUCCCCAGGACUUCAUCUCUUCCCCAGCCAGACACCACCAAAGCCAUACCCCUCACACCCCCCCACAGAUUGCCCUGAAGAUGCAGGGCCGCCACAGCCCCUCCCCCAACUCCUCCCCCAGCAACGGUGCUACCAGGAGACCGGGGUCCGUCCCCCCUGUCCCCAGGCCCGUCCCAGCUACAGUCCCAGUGUCAGCCCACUACAGCCAUACCCCUCCCAUCCAGAGGUCCAGUAUCAUCCACCUGAGAGACGUCAACCUCCAGGCCCUCCAGGCACCCAGCUUCCAGCCGGACGACCCCCAGCCCAGCUACAAGCCUCCUCUGGUGGGCACCCUGAAGACCUGUGCCACUUACCCCCAGCAGAACCGCUCUCUGUCCUCCCAGAGCUACUCUCCAGCCCGCCUGUCUGGGGUCCGUUUGGGCACCGGGGUCAACCACACCCACCCGGGGGUCCCAGGCACCACGGAGCCCUACAACAUGCCUGGGGAGCACAAGUCCCAUACCUAUACCAACGGCUUCAACGCUAGCCACAUACAGGACUGUCUGGAGUUCGCCGACGCCGACUUGCCUCAGACCUGGGGGAGCAGUAGGGUCACCAGGACCGGUUCGGGGUCCGACAAGGUCAAAGGUCAGAUUGGUAGCGCCGGGGGGGGUUGCCUGGUGUACUGCCUGCAGCAGAGGAGAUGCAAGAGGGAGAAGUGCUCCUUCUACGGGCGGCCGGAGACAGAUAACUACUGUUCCUACUGCUUCAAGGAGGAUCUGAAACACAAGGAGAGGGAGGCCAAGGCCCUCAGUAGGCCUGGGUAGCCCCUGGUACCGCGCCAGCCAGAGGUGCUGCUACUCUAUAGCCUGGUGUACUAUCUAUCGCACGACAGGUACAGCAAACCCCAGCUGCUGACAACGCAACACAACAGACAGACAGACAGAACUGUGUCCAUAGAGAAGGCGAUAGAACAGGUUCUACUCAAUAGACUGUCUGUGGACGUUGGGACAUCCAGACAGACAGACAGACAGACAGACAGACAGACAGACAGACAGA